UGUUACUGUUUUACAUAGGGUCAAAAAACCAUUGGCUACGGACAUUGCUGUGUAUACCACCCGUGCGAUCAACUACACCCACCUCUAACUGAGCAACAGGGUAGUGAGCUCUUGCGAACUGAUCUGGUUGAGUUUCAAAAUUGUGUCGAAAAUGCCGCCCCUGGACUUAAUGACAACCAAUUUGCUGCCUGCACGUCAUUCGCCUUUAACAUGGGCUGCGGUACGUUCACGGGGUCGCACGUAUUGUCCAGCAUAAGGGCCGGGGAUUUGAACGCCGCCGCCAACGCCUUCAAUGAGUACGUCUCGAUGGGCGGCCGUGUGAUCGCCGGUCUCGUCGUGCGUCGCAAACGCGAGGAACAGCUGUUCAGAUCGUAAUACCUGUGCAGCUCCAGUGUCACAGAAAUAUAAAUGACCUGUACAACUUCAAUUGUAAUUGCUAAAUAAAAUAUAAUUUAGUUCAUUAAUUUUGUUUUGGAUGUAAUGUUUGAAUUUAGUUUGUAUU